UAUCAGAUGAUAGUGAUCGACACGAAACAAAAAAUGAAAGAUGCCAUUUUGAGAGGCGCCGAAUUGCUUCGCUAUCAAGGACAGUUGGAGCUAGCGAAUGAGUUUGAGAAAUGGGUUCCUCCAAGGUUUCCUGUUGGUGGAGCUGACCUGAAGAGUGAAGGAGUUCCAACUGGCAAAGCCAUGAAUAUGGUUAUUCAACGGUUACGAAGCAAAUGGAAAGAAAGCGACUUCCAAAUUAGCCACAAAGAUCUAGUUCAAUUAAUCCCGAACGUGAUGGAAGACUUAGGCCUUAAAGUGCAGAAGUAGUACAUCUUCAAUCUGUAUUGAAGUUUUAAUUGUCUAUUUAAUUUACUUACAAAGAGUCUUUCUUUUUCCGAGCCAAUUUUGGAAAAGAUCCCUGAAGACUUUUUAAGCUUACAAUUUUGGAAAGCCCAAGGUGACAGUUACUCCGCAAUUUAUUGUAUUCCUAUUGGGAAAUAUUUCGUUAGAAAUAAUAUUCUGAAUUUCCUGUUGCAACCUUUUUCGGUUUUGCUUAUACUUCUGAUAUCAUUGCACAGGGUUAGCAGAAUUUUUCUUUUCAGCCCAAGUAAAUAAAAUGACAUUGCAGAAUUGGAAUGACGAUUGUGAAUUUUAUGAAAGGCCAUCAAAGAAGCUUGUCACAAACAACGAUGACUUGGUCAAUGGUAAGUACCAUCGUCAGGGGGAAUAUCCCUAUUUGUUAGGUUUAUUAUUAUUAUAAUUAAAUUUCUAUUAAGUUUUUACUAUAUUGCCUUAGAUUAAUAUUUUUCUAUAGCUAUCAUAAUUCGUCAUGGCCAUUCUUGUAGUUUGACUUGUUUUACGGUAACCUAGGUAACAUUGCAUGCCCGGCCAAAGAGAUUGUCUUUUAUUGUUUUGGUAGACAAAAGGUGAAUGACGAUAUGGUACGAACACAAAAGGGUUGAACAAAUUAAUUUCCCUGUGUGUGGAUCUACAUCCACACGUUGCUGGAAACCUAAUCUACAUAAUAAUCUGUUCUACCUUCAGUCACUCAAAUCUUAGGCACGAAAAUGUUGGAGGCAUUAGUUUGUGUACUUUCCAUUCCAAUCACAAUGCGGAUUGGUAUCCAAGGCAACUUGUUGAUUAAAAUGGAAAGCCUUUAUACCCUAAAAUUCAGCAAAUGACAUUUUGCAUCCCCUCGGUCAAUACGCUUCGCUUUUGUUGUAUCAUGUGCAUUGCAAUUCACCCGGGAUGCAAGCUCAUUUGUAGUGGAUGGCGAACACAAUGGUAAUCUCGGUAUAAAUAGGGAUUUUUCCAUUACAAGCAAGAAGGAUAAAUUUUCUAUAUGUGACGAGUUUUCAACGCUGAAGACCCCUACUCCGCCGCUUUAUAAAACCGACCAGUUGAAUAGUUUGGCCAAUAUAAUUCCGAAGGGUCUGACGAAAGACGUUGGUGAAGUCGAAAUGCCACGUCGUCAAUUCCGCAACGGUUUACAAGGAAAGGAACUCAGAGUCGUCACGGCACAUUUUCCACCCGUGAUUUCCAUUUUGAAAAACUUUUCGGGUCAUACUAUUGGUCACACGGACUUGUUAUACCAUCAACUCCUUUACUUAUCCCAGAAAUUGAAGUUCACUUACAAGAUAUUUGCGACUCCUGAAAAUACGAACGGAGUCCUGCGCAACGGCACCUGGAAUGGCGUAAUAGGGACUCUCACAAGAGGUGAAGCCGAUUUUGGCCUGGUACCAGUAGCUAUUUCGCUGGAACGGUAUCAAGCUAUCGAGUUCUGCGGAAGAGUUGGAGGAGACUCUACAUGCAUACUAGUGAAAUAUCCCGAGGACAAUGUCUCGUUGACUAGUGCGUUUGAUGUGUUUUCCUUGGGGAUAUGGAUAGGAUGGAUCAUUUCCGGUGUUGUGAUCGUUGCCAUUUCUGUCGUUUUAAGUUUUCUGGCAAAGCGUUUGUGGAUUAAGGAUCGUAAAACAAAGGCUGGAACAAUCGCUUGGUACUUAUACAGCGUCAUCGUUUCUCAAGGGAGCUAUUUUCCACAAUGCCGAUUACCGCAGAGACUACUUCUUGCGACGUGGUGUUUUGUGGCCUUUGUCUUUGUUAAUAUCUACAAUUCUACGUUGACUUCCUACUUGUCGGUAACAUUUCAAAGACCGGAGGUCAACAGCUUAAAUGAUUUAGCAAAAAACCCGGCUUAUAAGGCAACCAUUUUAGCGGGUUCCAUACAAGAAAUUGAUUUGCAAAGAACAAACGAUGAAGCUGAACAAACAGUUGUUGAUAUGAUCCAGAAAUGUGGUUCAGAUUGUAGAAAAUUCACCCUUCAAGAAAUGGUCACACCAGUUGCCGAGAAAGAAAACUAUAUUUCGUUAAUGCCAUGCAGUAUUGCCUUAGCACACUUGAAAAUCUACAACGCAAAGGGAAACAAAUGCAUUUUAACUUUGGCACAUGAAAUCAAGUCUUGGAAGCCCAUGUUUUAUGGAGUCCCGAAAUCAAGUCCUUUCAUUGAAGAAAUUAAUCGAGAAUCGCUGUGGUUCAUUGAUGUCGGACUGCGUGCUUACUGGUACGAUAAACACGAUAAACAACCGGAGAAAUGCAAGCUACAAUACAACAGCAAAGGCGUUUCAACCAAGAGAUCCAGCAAACGAAUUGAAUUACGGCAGUUUUAUCUGCCAUUCCUCAUUCUUUUCAUUGGCUACGUUUUGGCUUUUCUCCAAUUGUGCCGUGAAAAACUUUUCUAUCGUGGCAGUGCUUAGAAUCAAUUCUUUCGGGUUAUCUUACACAUUUGAUAAGUUCAUUGAAGCGCAAAACUACGUGGCCUCGGUAAGCUUUAUUUAAUUUAUUUUUUUUUAUUUUUCAAUACUGAGACUCAUCAUAAUUAAACUGGACUUGUCAAUGUUGAGAAUAUCACUCUAUAGAAUAGCAGAGAUCAACAUUUCCCCUGAACUUAGCGCUUUCUCUUUUGUCAAAAGUGAAGAAAAUUGCCCUAACUGUUUCUUGUUUACCUAGUGCUCUCGCCUGUUAGGAAACUUGAGCGUAAUAGUAACUGUAAAUCAUUUUGUUAGCUUUUUGCUGCUUUACGUGUAUAUGUAAAGGGUAUAAUUCACGCUGAUACAAACGCUGACACCAGAAAGAAA